UCAGUAUCGCCUGAACCUUGGAAGAGGGUGGACGUGUGAUCCUCCUCUCCUGCCCUUUAGUGACCGCCUGGGGAACUACGGCUGUGGUGGCUGGGGUAGAUGCAGUGGGGGGAGGUAGCCGGCGGUGUGGUGGUGUGGUGGCGGUGGUGGUAGUGGUGGUUGGUAUAGCUUGCACCUUAUACCAGAAUACAAGAAGGGCGAGUUUCUCUCUCCUGCAUGCCGCUGUUUCUGCUGCUGCUGCUGCCCCCACUGCUGCAGGAGGGACAGGAGGCGUCUGACGUGAAAGGAUGAGGUGGGUGGGGCGGGUUGGGCGUGGCGUGUGGGCGGGGCUCUGGGUAUCAUCUGGCUGGUGGGCGUGGCUCUCCUGGCUCCCCCCGGCCCCCUCUCCUCCACCAGCGACCCGCACCUGUCUGAACGCCUCCAUCGAGCUGUGCAGGAGCUUGAUGUCCUUAAGAGACAGAAUGAUGACAUAAGACAAGCCCUGCAGGAUUUCACUCAGCAGGUGAAGUCGCUGAACAGUGAUGGGGCAGAGGUGGCAGCCAACACAGUGAAAACCAACAGCAAUCCAGCAGUGGUGGCCGAGUUGCAGAGGAAGCUGGAACAUGCACAGAGGAUGCUGCAGCAGGCUGACGUCACUGCAGAACGCAAGUCAGGCUUCUCAGACUUCACCCCAUCCCUGGAGUUUGAGCUGACCAGGAGGCAGGUGGAGAAGGGGGUACAGGAGAUGUGGUGGUACACUUGCGACCAACUCCACCAGCUGAGGAAGAAGGUGGAAAUGCAUACAGAAGCCAAAGAACACAUUGAUCAAAUCCUGGAGGAGGGACUUGACCACACCAGGGUGAUCCAAUACGACAUGACCAAGCUAAGUAAACUGGAUGGUCUGGGCACGUGGAGGGAGCAGGAGGCAGCAGACCUGAGUAAUCUUGUCCAGAGAAGGCUACAUGACCUCCAGAACCCGCCAGAUUGCAGCAAAGCAAAGAAACUUGUGUGCAAUCUGAACAAGGGGUGUGGGUACGGCUGCCAGAUUCAUCACGUGGUGUACUGCUUCAUUGUGGCUUACGGCACCAAGCGAACCCUUAUCCUCAAGUCCCGGGGGUGGCGCUACAACAAGAAUGGCUGGGAGGACGUGUUUCGACCCCUCAGCGACUCCUGCAUCAGCCCCAAUGGCAACACCCACUCCCACUGGCCCGGAACCAACGACACACAGGUGCUGGACUUACCAAUCAUUGACACACUGUCCCAACGGCCGCCCUUCCUGCCACUGGCCAUCCCAAAGGACCUGUCAGACCGCCUGACGCGGCUGCACGGGGACCCAGCAGCCUGGUGGGUGGGGCAGUUCCUUAAGUAUAUGUUGAAGCCGCAGCCCAAGACUCAGGACAUGCUGGACAACCUGGCAGAGACACUAGGGUUCCAAAAGCCCAUUGUGGGGGUCCACGUGAGAAGGACAGACAAGGUGGGGACGGAGGCAGCCUUCCACUCCAUUGAUGAGUACAUGGGCCACGUGGAGAGUUACUUUACCACGCUGAAGAUGACGCAGCCUGACGUGGUAAAGAGAGUGUACCUUGCCUCAGACGAUCCCACUGUCAUCACUGAGGCGCAGAAGAAGUUCCCAGACUACACAUUCAUUGGGGACUCAAACAUAGCACGGACGGCGGCGGUGGCCACACGCUACACAGAUGCCUCCCUCAAGGGCAUUAUAGCUGAUGUGCACUUCCUCUCCCUCACCGAUCACCUCGUGUGCACCUUUUCGUCACAGGUGUGUCGCAUUGCAUAUGAAAUCAUGCAGAGCUUCCAUCCUGACGCUUCUGGUUUCUUCCGCUCCCUUGACGACAUCUACUACUACGGGGGACAGAAUGCCCACAACCAGAGAGUGCGCUUCCCUCACACCCCCCGCAGAUCUGAUGAACUCUCGCUCAUUCCCGGGGACAUUGUGGGCAUCGCUGGGAACCACUGGGAUGGUUACUCAAAAGGCAUGAACAGACGCACGAGGCAGAACGGCCUUUACCCAUCAUACAAGGUGGAGGAGGUGGUGGACAUUGCUGAUUUUCCCAUCUACGCCGACAACCAGAACCAGAAAGGAAGAGGAGCAUAAAUGUGUGUUUUUUAUUUGUGUGUGUGUGUGUGUGUGUGUGUGUAUAGGUAGUUGUUUUGUUAGUCUUUUUUUUUUGUUUUUGUUUUUUUGUUUGUGUCUGUGUGUACGUGUGGGUUUUUCAUUAAUUUUCAUGGUUUGUUUCUUAUUUUUUUUGUUUUUUUAUUUUUUUUAUUUUUUUAUUUAUUCAUUUUUGCAUUUUUUCAUUCUUUUUCCUCUCAUAUUUUUCAUGUUUCUGACUCUUUUUUUCUUUUUUUUGUUGUGGCCUUAUAUAUUUUACUUUUCUGUGUGUGUUUUAGUUAUUUAUUACUAUUAUCUCUUUUUUUAUGUAGGGAUGUGAAAGAUUUGUAAGUAGGAAAAAAUAUAAGUAAAUAGUUCAUAUGAGGACCUUAAAAUGACUACUACUACUACUACUACUACUACUACUACUACUACUACUACUACUACUACUACUACUACUACUACUACUACUUCUACUACAAAUACUGCAUCAAGAGUAUACAUACCUCACUGGAAGAUAAUACAUGCAGUUAUUUUCAUCUUACGUAUAAUAAUUGAAGCAUAUUCAUUAAUUUGUAGUUUUCCUGCUUCUUGUGUUUGUAUAUAUGUAAAUGUGUAAUAAUUAUUUUCUGUAUUUAAUUCUGUGUCAGUAUUUCACGUUUUCUUUGUUGUUUCAGCCGUGGAGUUUGAGAGGCAUACAAUUCUAUAUAUUACAGUACAAUAUUGCAUGGUUAGUAAGACAUUGCUGUAGCCUAAUUUAUAGAAAGUUGAAUUGUUUACCUUCUUGUUGAUUUGAGUGAAUCCAGUGAAGAAUGGAUGAACGUAGAGAGAGAGAGAGAGAGAGAGAGAGAGAGAGAGAGAGAGAGAGAGAGAGAGAGAGAGAGAGAGAGAGAGAAAGUGUGAAAGAGAGGGUUGCAGAGAGGGAGAGAGAGAGAGAGUGAUACAUUUUAACAAGUAACUAAUGCAAUACUCUUUUCAAAGCAUCUAUAAUUUAACGAGAAACCAAGUUAAUUAUUAAUAUACGUAUCAAAACUAAAAAUUAACAUUUGGGUUUGGUUUGCCCCACGUAGAGAGUGACAAACCCAAAAUAACUUACCUUACGAGGCUCUUGACUUUUCACUCCUACAGGGUGACCCAAAAGUCUAGACACUUCAGUUCAUGUCCAGUCUUUUGGGUCACUUCUAGAAUGUCGACACUCUUGCCAAAAUGUCCUGAGGUUUGUUUGCAGUGGAGCAUUUGUUGGUGUACUCAGGGUAGAAACUGCUGCAGAUUAUGAAGAAGGAGUAGGAGGAGGAGAAGGUAGAUACCGUCGCAAAUUAUGAAGUAGUAGGAGGAGAGGAGUAGUUAUAAGAAUUACUGUGAAAUUUUAAAUGCAAGAGUUUAAGGAGAAGAAGGAGGAGAAGAAAGAGGAGGAGGAGGAGGAUGCGUGGAAAGAGCAGAGGAGUACUUAUAAAUAUUACUGUGACAUUUUAAAGAGCAGGGAGUGAAGGAGAAGAAGAAAGUGUGGAAGGAGGAGGAGGAGAACAAUAGAUAUUAUAUAGAUAUUUUAAGGUGAGAAGAGAAGGAGCAGUAGGAGGAGGAGGAGGAAGAGAAAGAAGAGAAAUGGGAGCAAGUAGAGGCUAGGUAUAGUAGCAACAAGGAAGAAUUUAAUAGGAAUGAUCAGUUAGAAGAAGAAGAAGAGGAAGAAGAAGGAGGAAGCUAGAUAUAAAAGUUCCAAGAAAGUGUUUGAAAAUGAAAUAUCAAGACAGGGAGAAGGAAAAAGAGGUGGAGGAGAAGUAGAAACCGUAAGAGGAAGAAGAGAUACAAAAUAGAAAGAAAAGUAUGUGAAAAUGGAAACCUCGCUCUAAAGGGACUGUAAAAGAAAAAAAAAUAUGGAGCAUGUAUCAAUAUUAUCAAUGUGAGGUCCUGCCAUUGAUGUGCUGGGAGAAACAAAUGUGGCAUUCUUUUAUUCACUGCAAAUUGUUCUUAUUUUCCAAGGUGCAGUUACUGGUGUUUGUUAAUGUUCCGUCACCGUGUCGAUCACUCUGUGUUGUGAAAAAUCAUGCACUCCCAUCAUCCCCUUUCCCCCCAACAAACAUUUUUACCAUUUGUCUGUGCUGGGGAAUGUGAGGAGUAGAGAAGUAUGGGCCUGUAAAAAUGGUUAUUUAUAUUCAGGAAUUAAGCAACAUACCACACUCCCUUCCCCCACAAACUCUUCUUCCCCAGUUGACCGUGCAGGGAAGUGCUCUGUCAUGUUAUAAGGGUGGCUGAGAUUAGCAGAGGCUGGAAAAGAUGGUUAAUCAUGGUUAGCUGUGUCCAGAAGUCAACUACCACACUCCCCUUCCCAUCAAGCCAUUUUUAACAGCUGUCCACGUUUGUUUUGUCGUAUUACGAGGGUGGAAGGGAGGAGUGAAGGAGUGUGGGUCUCUAGUAAGUGGUUGGUCAUGUUCAGAAUUCAAGCAACGUACCGUACUCUCUUCCUCUGUAGCGGGAUUCAGGUUAGAAAUAGGGAAGAAUAACACUCAUAUCUCCAUGUAUACAUAUGCAACAUUGUAUUGAGUACAUUGUCCAAGAGAGUUUGUUAGGUAUAGAGACACAACUUUCCUUCCACAGAACGCCAAAUAUGUCACAAAAAAAACAAAAAUGCAUCUUUCAGUGUCAUAAAAUUUUGCUGUUAUCUUGCCCCUUUAGCCCCCCAAAAAAUACAGAAACAUGCUCAAAAAAAUCACAUUUCGAACCAUAAUAACAAUUCACAGUACCAUUUUCUCUACAGGUUUAAUUUUGAUACGUUUACAGACCCACACACAUCCAUACAAACCACUGGCAUAAUUCAACAGUCCCCCCAGAGAGAAACAUUGAAUUGAAGCCCUUAUGAAUAUAUAUACUAAUGAGUCGAUUUUUGACUGUCAGUGCAUCUGGGAAUAAACAAUGUGUAUAAAGAUGAAUGUACAUAUGUAAAUAAGAACCAGUUACUCAGUGUUUCCCUCCACCUGUCAGUCAAGGGUCCCCUCCAUUAAGCCGUUAGCAGCCAGUUACAAGUUAUAUCACAGUCAUCACGGUUAUUAGUUGUUAUUUACACACGUUUCAGAAGCCCCAGUUAGUGUGAUGCAGGUGAUGUGAAAGUUGGUGUUCUUUUCACUCAUUUUCACUUUUUUUCCUAGUUACCGGUCAUUUCUUCCACACGUCUCGGGAAAACAUGCCACUUCAGAAAACCCGGCUGGUUUGGAUACAGGUUGUAAUGCUAGUUUUGUGCUGUUUUUGUUGUAUUUUGCAUUUUUUUUUUUUUUUUUGGUGUGCUGUUGCAUUUUACUUGUGAUUACUUGAAUGUCCCCAGUUGAUUUUUUAAAGCUUGUGGCUGUUUUUUUUUUUUUUAAAGAUUCAUGAGUAGAAAGAAUGUGCAUUGUUCUUUUUAUAAUGACUUGCUUUAUUUAUUUAUUUUUUAUGUUAUUGAUUGAUUUUUUAAAGAUUUGCCAGUAAGUGUGUCUUUACAAUUCACAAGUCAGAGAGAUUUUUACGUGCAGUGUUUUUUUUUUUUUUCUCUUAUUACGAAUGAUGGGUGAUACAUUACUCAUGACUGAAAUGACUUGUAUGGUAUUCUUUUUAUUAUGAAUUGUGUCUGAAGGGUUUAAAUGAUGAGUGUAAUUAUGGAAGGACCUUCUGUUUAACUUCUAUAUCUAUUUAUGCAGAAGAAAUCAUGUUUAUGUACCUUUGAUAUUUAAAAAUCCAUCUCUGUUUUAGCAUAUAAGCAUAAAAAAAAAACACUAAAUUUUGUCAUAUACUAGCUGGGGUUUCAUAUAAGUAAGACAAUUCAUGUUGACUUCAAUAUUUCAGAACUCAAGCCUGUACUGUGUCUCUUCAGUUCUUUGUCUCUUGUUGAAUAUUAUAAAGAUAUGAUAUAUGCAGUGACUUCAACUUUAGGUCUCUGUUCUUAAAUGUUCCAGUGCUUUUUCUCAUUUCCUGACCAUUAACAGGCUCAAGUGGAAGGUACUGAGGUUUUCAAGGGUGUUUUUGUGACUCCAGUGAUAGUUUAACAGGCUGUAGUGAGAGGUAGGGUUUCCAAGGGUGUUUUCAAGGUUCUAGUGCUAAUUGUCGUGGGUUUUCAAGUGUUUUUGUGAUUCAAGUGGUAGUUUAACAUUUUUUUGGAAGUUAUUGGGAGUUUUUAAUAUUCUAGUGCUAUUUAUUAUUGGGGGUUUUCAAGGAUGUUUUUUUGUGAUUCUAGUGCUAGUUUAACAUAGUAGUGGAAGCUACUGGGAUUUUUCAGGGUGUUUUCAUGAUCCUAGUGAUAGUUUAACAGGCUGUCAGGGAAGUUAUUAGGGUUUUUCAGGGUGUUUUCAUAAUCCUAGUGCUAGUUUAACAGGCUGUCGUGGAAGUUAUUAGGGUUUUCAAGGGCGUUUUCAUGAUUCUAGUAAUAGUAUAACAAGCAUAUCACAUCACCAAAUGUAAAAAAAAAAAAAAAAAAAAAAAACACCCAGGAGAACCUCAUUGUCUACAUGGCCUUUCAAAAACAACAGUGAUGAGAGAACCAAACAUUUAAAAACACUGACCCUCAAACAUCUUAAACUACCUUCAACUUUUCUAAGCAUACAUGGGCUAGACAUCUGUGAUUGCCAUUUACUGUACAUACGAGGUUAAACGACCAUCCCUAACGAGUGCUAACUACCUGGGAGGACGGCAGGUAGGCUCUUUUGUAUUUAGUGAACCAUGUGUGAUAGCAUGGACCGGUGGGCAUAAUGUGUUUGUGUUCGGUGUAAGUGACCCCUCGGCGAUCGUUGUAUUGGAGUGUUGUAUACUCAGGAAAGAGAGAGGAGAGGAGGAGGAGAAAAGUAGUAAAACAGGAAAGGAGAGGAAGAGAAAACUACUAAGAGAGUAAAGGAGAGGUGGAUAAAAUUAGUAAAUGUGAGAGAGAGGAAAGGAGAGGAGGAGGAGGAGGAGGAGGAGAGGAAACUAGUGAGAGGAAAGAAGAGGAAAAGGAAGCUAGUAAGUGUAAGAGAGAGGAAAGGAGAUGAGGAGAAAACUAGUGAGAGAGGAAAGGAGAGGAAGAUAAAACAAGUAAAAGAGAGGGAAGGAGAGAAACAAAGCUAGUAAGUGUAAGAGAAAGGAAAGGAGAGGAAGACAAGAUUAUUAAGUGUUUCUCAACCUCAGAAAUGUUAUAUUAAUGGAAGUUGAUGAAGGAGAGGCUGGGAAAGGCAGUGUCCCUCAUCUCAGAAGCAGGAAUUUACUGGAAAGGAGGAGAGAAGAUAUGUAAAUGUUUCUCAUCUUGGAAAUGUUAAUUGCAGAAGGAAAGAGAGAGAAAAGGAGAGAAAGAGAAGAUAAGUAAGUGUUUCUCAUCUCAAGUCUUACAUUUAGCUGAAGUUUCCUUAAGAGAGCAGCUGAGAAAACUUGCAAUAUUCUCUCUUAAGUCAUAUACAGAUUACCUGAAGGGAGAGGAUGAGAAAAUAAGCAUUCCUUGUCUCUCAGUCUUCACAUACACCUGGAGUUUGCUUGAGGGGAAGGCUGAGUGGGAGGGAAGCAAGUUAUCCUGGUCUUGAUUAUAUAUUCAGUAAAGUAAUGGAUGGACUGAAAGGACAGGCUGGGUGGGAUGCAGUUCUUGGUGUUCCGAGUCAUGAUAACCAAACGUGACAUUCCUGUUUUAUAUUCAAAGACUGAAGUGUUGUACGUACCAGUUGCACUCGAAUAAAAGAGAGAAAGUC